AUGUGUGAGAGGCCUACCACACGAAUACGUGUGGAAGGCUUUGAUGAACAGACUUCAGAGCAAUCUAUCAAGCAAAAAUUCAACACCUACGGUGUCAUUUUGUCUGUAACUAAAGACAAAAAAGCAUUUAUCAUCGAAUUUGCAACAGUCGAAGCAGCCUGUGCAGCAAAACAAAAGGCAAAUGGUCUACCGAUCUCCUGUCAACAGACUGCUACAAUAUUCUUCGAUUAUCCAAAUAUGCCCGAUUUUCUUGCGAUUCAAAAUUGCAAAGAGGAGAAAUUACCUGAAUACAAAUCAUAUCUCAAAACAAUUCCAGAAUUUGAUGAGAUGAUACCUUUUCGGACAGAUAAAGGAUUUACUUCGCUUGUUAUUGCGACUUUUUCGGAACAAGUCGAUUUCGACAAAUUAAUACAAAACAUUAAAGAGAAAUUCCCUACAGAACCUACCGCGUACGAAAAAGUUCCUUAUUGCAAUUUAAGCAACGAUUCACUCCAUCAGAUCGCCAGAAGCUUUGAGGAGAGAAGUAUCUUCAUGAACAACCUUAACCACAGAAUACCAGAAGAGAAAAUCACAGAAAUUUACUCAAAAUACGGAAAAGUGAUAUAUGUCGAUAUCUCUUUCAAAUAUGAAGUCUACAUAAUAACCAUUUUGAUGGACACCAAGGAGAACGCUCAAAAAGCUAUAGAGGAGCUCGACAAAACUGUUUUUGUCGAAGAUGAACUUCCUCUUCGAGUUUUUCCUUUUAUUGAGAAAACAAUUUACCAUAAACCUGCUGGUAUCAUUUCCGUUAACGAACUCGAGUACAAUUUCGAUACAAAACAACUUUAUACAACAUUUAAACAAUGGGGCGAAAUCUACGCUUUUUCCGUCAGCCACGUUGCUUCAUCCUUUGUAGCAUUGUUUUUAUACGCAGACUAUCAAAACGCAUUGAAAGCUCGCGAUAGUUGCAAUUAUUCCAACGUUUUCGUGUUUCCGAAGAUGAAUGCUGCGGCCGCUGUUCGACAUUUCACUCAAAGGAAGUUCGAACCAGACUUAACUCUCGUAACUUUUGACAAUGAAAAUAUACCAAACUUAUUUCUUCGAUCUGAGUACGAAAACGUCCAAGAUUUCCAUACAUUCACUAAUGGGAACAACAAAACCGUUGUUGUUACGUUCAAAUGUUGCCAAGAUUUACAAAAUACGAUAAAUAAAAUUCACAAGCGCUACGAGAUCAUCGGAUCUUCCACAUUCAACCGCGUAUUUGAAUACUUUAAGACGCAACCCAUUGAUUCCGUCUGGGCGAAAAGAAUUUUUUAUGCUCGGGGAAUUAAUUCAGAUUUAUCGAAUAAAGUUCUUAGAGAGAAGUUUUCGAACAUUGCGCCUGUUGAUAGUAUCGUUAAUCUUGGCAAAGAGAACAUUGCUUUGGUGUUAUUCAAGAGAUCAGUUGAUGCGAACAAUAAAGAGUUUCUAACCAUUCUACCAAACCAAGUAUCGCUUGAUGACGUCAUAAACUCCAUAAAUGAGUCAUCAAAACCAUCAAGAACUCAAUCUUGGAGCGCAAUUAACCCAAAUUUCCUUCCUAUCAAUUCCAUUAUAGAGGAAGCAACGAGGAGAGAGCCAACAUUAAGGUCAGUGGUCGAGAAACAUAUUACGAGCAUAAAUUACGACCAAGUUCUUGAAUUAUCUCUAGAACCUGCGAAAUUGAACUCUUUCUUCAAACAGUUGAUAUCUGAUACAUCUUCUAAUGCAUGCACAAGCAAUGCACCCGCUUCUCCUCUCAGCGGACCAAGCAGUACAAAAGGAGAUUUGGAUCAAACUGAUUGA